AUGGUGGCCGUAACAAGAGCAGAUGAGAGGCUGGGAAGUGGUGCCCUCAGUAUCCCAACCAUUGAUCUUAAGAGCAUCGAUAGCAACUCAGUUUUACGAACUGAAGUUGUCGAGAAAAUUCGAGAUGCAUGUGAGAACUGGGGUUUCUUUCAAGUUCAAAACGGAAUUCCUGUUGAAGUUUUGGAGAGGAUGGUGGAUGGGAUACGUGAGUUCCAUGAGAAGGAGAAUGAGCUUAAGAAACAAUUGUGUUCAAACUCAACGGAUUCUGGGAACAAGGAGCAGUAUAUGUCCAACAAUCGCUUUUUCAAAUCUUCACAGGGAAACUCGAGGGAUUCGUUUGUGUGCUAUAUGGCUCCUGAUCCAACCAAACCAGCAGACGAAUUACCCUCAGUUUGCAGAGAUAUAGUGAAUGAGUACUCAAAGCUAGUGAAGGAUUUGGGAUUUACUUUGUUUGAGUUGCUUUCUGAGGCUCUUGGGCUUAAGCCAAACCAACUUAAGGACGCAUACAUGGACUCUGUUGAAGGGCUUUCUAUUAUGGGUCACUACUAUCCACCAUGUCCUGAAACAAAAUUGACUAUGGGCACCGGCAAGCACACUGAUGGCUGCUUCAUCACCGUACUUUUACAAGAUCAAGUGGGUGGCCUCCAAGUUUUGUAUGAGGAUCAAUGGAUUGAUGUUCGCCCCAUCCGUGGAGCUCUUGUCGUCAACGUUGGAGACCUUCUGCAGCUCAUCUCAAAUGACAAGUUUAUUAGUGUUAAUCACAGAGUUAUCGCGCAGAGUGUAGGCCCAAGAGUUUCUGUGCCAACCUUUUUUAGACCACAUGCAGAAAAUCCAAAAGCUUAUGGACCAAUCAAGGAGUUGUUAUCAGCAGAAAAUCCCCCAAUCUAUCGGGAAACUAAUGUUAAAGAUUAUCUGAAGCACUAUCUCUCAGAACUGGUAAAGGGGAACUCCGCAUUAGAUAAUUUCAAGCUAUGAGGGAUAAUAAAAGCGCUUUGCUUUUGGUUCUAGGUACCGUUGUUAAUUUCUCUGUCAUCGUGGCUCUGUUGGCUGCAGGCUGUGCCUCUGGUCCUCUCCUAUGGCUAGGUUUUUUUAUUUUUCAGUGUCCUUUUGCUUUUUAUGUUAAGCCCAUUUGUUUGGUCGUCCUAUUUGUGGUCUCAAAUUGUC